UGGAGAAGCAUUGCAUCGAGAGCAUAUUAUUCAUCGGAGUUAGUUAACGCUAUACUACGUCGUAGGAUAAUUAAUAAGAAUCAUGUCUUCAAAAAACGUGUUCGGGAAAGCCAUCACGGUUCUCGAAUACCCUGACAGGGAAGCGAGAGCUGCGGCGGCGUACGCGGCGAUGGAGGCGGACGACAAGCACAAGCAGGUGAUUCAGUACGUGAACACGCUGAAGACCGCGUACGGCGACGGCAUCUCCGUCCUGGCCACCAUAUACAACGCCACCGGCGAGAACCUCUACUUCUCCGCCUCCAAGGAAUGGUACGGCAAGCUCUACACCGGCUCCUCCUACCCGAAAAUCAUCCAGAACGGCCAGUGGGGGGGCUUCCUGCACUGCAAGAGCUCCGCCGCCGCUAGCGGCAGCGAAGCGGCCGUCAUAUUCCGGGCGAAAGCGAAUGACGACUCGUCGUCGUCCAAGGGCGGCAAGGCUGACGUGGUGAUUGCAUGGGACAACCCUUGGGGUCCGGGUGCGAGCAACAAGGUGUACACGGAGAUAGGGGAGAAGGACAAAUAUAACUCGUCGUGGGACGAGGUCCUUUCAAAUCUGGAAUCGUCGGGGGCGUCCCUCAGCGGCUUUGGCUUCGGGCUCUAUUCCACCGCCACCAUUCCACAGGAGAGCUCCCCGGUUCUUGAGGUUGUUCUCGCCGUCGAAUGAAUUAUUGCCCGCCCGCCCGCAUUUGCCUCAUUCGAAUAAUAAUAAUAAUAAUAAUGGCGACGACGACCCAUCAUCAUAAUAUGAGAUGAUCGCUUUGCUUUCGUUUUGUUUUGUUUGGUUGUGACUUUAAUUAAUUGUGUGAUGUGUGUGACUUUAUAUAUAUAGGCUACUGGCCGAUCGACGUUGUUUGAUUAAUAAAAUUUGCCUGCACUU